UAUUUUGUUUUAUAAGUCGUGCCUUCCCAGAAACCUAAUUUUAAACAUUAGAGAAUCACUUUCAGUUUCAAUAUAAUCACUGAUCUCAUUUACAGACUGAACAACCGUACUGUACAACGUCGCAGAGUGUUUCUAUAGGACAGCAUCAUGGCAGGCCAGACAGUAUCCAUGAAGGAACCAGUAUGUCUGAUAGAGAACGACAGUGAUGGGAAGCUGUGUGUGGUCCGCAGUGCACUGGGCAUCCUGGACCAGAUUGACCAGCAUGUGGUAGUGGUGUCGGUGGUCGGUCUGUACCGCACCGGCAAGUCCUACCUCAUGAACAAGCUGGCUGGUGAGAAAAAAGGUUUUGCCCUGGGAGCCACCAUCCAGUCCAAAACUAAGGGCAUCUGGAUGUGGUGUGUGCCUCACCCUGAAAAAAGAGACCACACCCUGGUGCUGCUGGAUACAGAGGGGCUGGGGGACGUGGAGAAGGGUGAUGAGAAGAAUGACAACUGGAUCUUUUCCCUGGCUGUCCUGCUCAGCAGUACUCUGGUGUACAACAGCAUGGGAACCAUCGACAACAACGCCCUGGAGAAACUACAGUAUCCUUCAGCAGAAGAAUCAAUCCUUUCUUACUCUUUGAACCAACCAGCAGUUUACUGUGUAGUAACAGAGACCCAAGAGGAGCUGUCUGAAGUGCAUGCUGUCAUGGAGAAGGAGGCUGUGGCCAUAUUCAUCAACAACUCCUUCAAAGACGAGGACCAGAAGUACCAGUUGGAGCUUAUGAAAGUGCUUCAAGAAGCGUACGAUAAGAUCUGUGAGAGGAACUACAAGGAGUCCCAGAAGUCAUGCGAGUCCAAAAUCCAAUGCAUCUUUGACCCCCUGGAGGAGAAAAUAAGGGCUGGCUCCUACAUGACCCCUGGAGGAUACAAAGAGUAUUGCAACGACCUGAAACUGGCCACCAGCGAAUACAGAUCUGAGGGAGGCAGAGGAGUGAAGGCUGAAGAGGUACUGAAUGAGUACUUGGGAAGGAAGGCCAGCAUUGGUGAGGCCAUCCUGUCAGCAGACCAGUCCCUCACUGAAGCUGAGCAGAGAGCAGAAGCGGAGCAAGCUAAAAGGGAGGCAUCUGAGCGGGAGAAUCGAGCCAUGGAGGAGCAGCUGGUUGUCCAGGAGAGGUUGAGAGCGGACCAGCAAAGGACGUAUGAGGAGAAUGUGAACCAGCUGAUGGAGAGGAUAGAGAGAGACAGUAGAAAUGCCAUAGCAGAGCAUGAUAGAGUUCUGCAGGCCAGACUCAAGGAGCAGAAUGACCUUCUCCGGCAAGGGUUUGAUGACAGAGCACACCAAAUGCAAAGAGAGAUAGAUGCCCUUAAGGGUGCGAAGGCACAAGAGGAAGAGAAAAAACCGUCAUUUAUGAGCACAGCUCUGGAUACUGUUGGGACUGCAGCUGCCUUGUUCCUUCCAGGAAUAAUUCCCAAAGUAGGAGGAAUGGUUGUGAAUUGGCUGUCUAAGUUGUUCUGAUGUAGGUUCCCGAGGAGGAUGAUGAUCUAUUAUUCUUAUAGACUUGAAUUGAUUGAAUCUGUAUUUAUUGAUAGUUGAUUCAUGGAUUUAGGUUAAGCACUCAGUUAAGGUUUUAGUUUAUGUUUUUUAAUAACUAUUUUGAAUGCCUAAUUAUGAUAAACUAAUGCUUUUAGAAAACACACUUAAAAAUGGUUUUGCACUGGUGUUUUUUAAAUGUUACUAUUACCAAAUAGGCCUAAUUUUUAACACUGAUGAUGUUCAUAUGCACACCAAUAUCCCGUUAUUAUUCGGGAUACUCAAGUAUUCUAUCCUUGAGUUGAGCGUCAUAUCCCAUUUACAAUAACCCGAAAAAUCUUGACGUAUACUGCGUCGUGACGUUGUUGUGACGACUGUUGCUCAUCGAAUGAUUAAAGGUUUCUAAUUACGUGAUGAA